AAAAAUGCAGAAAGUGGUUCCACUGCACAUCACCCUAAACUUGAGUAAAUGUGUUUUCUCUGAAUCUCAAUGGAAAACUCAGACCACGACGAACCCGAGAAGAAGAGGCCUCAUCUCACCUCUGUUUCUUCUCGCACAUCUAGAAACUCCAUCAACUCUCCUACCACCAACAAAACUGCUGAUGCAGGAGUCUUACAGUUUCAGAAUCAGCAGCUUGUUCAACAGAUCGACGUCCAGAAACAUGCUUUGCAUGGCCUUGAAGAAAAAAUUAGAGAAUUAAAAGGAAAGCAAAGUUCUUAUGAUGACUUGUUAAUUGCUUUGAACCAACUCUGGACUCAGUUGGUUGACGAUAUGAUUCUUCUUGGAAUACAAGCUGGGAGAGGCAAAGGCAAAGACAAGUUGCGGUAUUUGACUGACAUUGAAAAUCCUGAAGGUUCACUUCCUUUGUGUCCUGCUGAGGAUAUAUUUCUAUGUAGAUUAAUCCAGAAAGAUUCCAUUAAAGGAAUCAGUGAUGAUGAGAUCACUGGUUAUGUUGAGGAGGCCCUUGGUUUGCGUCAAUCAUCUACAAUAGAGUUGUUGAAACUCCUAAAAGAUAUUAUUGAUGAUCAGAUGGAAAGAUCAGGCGGUAUAGCUCAGCUUUUGGACGGAGAUAUAUCUUCAGAAGAUGCUAUAACCCUAAUGACUAAGAUUGAUGAUAUGAUGAAAGAGGAGGCAAAUAAUUUGCAAGAAGUGAUUGAUACUCUCCAUGCAAAGCAUAAAGAGUAUACUGUUGGUAUUCAAAAUUUUAUCAAUGAGUGCUUACAAGAAAAAUCUGAUAUUAAACAUCUAGCAGGUCUGUAAAAUGUUCUUUUUUUUCUUUUUCUUUUAAAUUAGUUAUUGUGAACUUUAGAAAUAAAAAAAUGUGAAAUUUAAUGAACUUGAUUAUCAUAUGCUAUGGUUUAAAUGGAUUGCAACAUGGUUUAAUAGAAGAAGAUUUCCUCGUAUUUAAUAGUCCUUUUUUUUCUGUUAAAGUGGUAAUAUUAUAUGUUGUAUGAAUAAAUCUCCCAUUUGAUCCCCAAAUAUGUAUCAUUCAUUUAGACUGAAUUUAUGUAAUAAUCCUUCUAGAAAUGAAUUGAAUGUUUUGAAAAAAUUUCAAGGACCAAAUGGGGCCUUGCUCCAAAAUUUUUGGAGCUUCUCUUACUGGAAAAUUGUUUUUGAAUGUCUUGCACACAUUAUUCUUCUCUUAUUGCUUUGGUAAUUGAUUAGCUUUUUGUUUGAAAAUUAUUUUCGUUUUGUAACUCUUUCUUUAUAGAUGAACGUGCUUAAAAGGUUAAGCUAAAGUUAAAUUAGGAAAUCUUUUAUUCAGUCUAUAUGAUGCUAUGUAAAAGAAUGCAUAGUACUUUGAUUAGACCAGCAAUCUUCCUAAGCGAUAGUCAUUAAAAGUUGAAAAGUCAAUCAAGCUACGUAGUUUGGAAUGAGCUGAUCUUGUUUUAUCCAAUUGAAAAAUGGAAGAAAAUUUGUUAGUGCGGAAUGAAACAUUUUUAAGAAAUUAAUAUGAUUUAUAGUUGGAUUAUUUUAUUGGAAAAUUAUAAUAUUGAAAUUUCUUGUUUUGCAAAAUUAUAAAAUAGGUAUUGAUUUGAUUUUGAAAUCCUAUUGAUUUUAGAUUUGUAUAAAUCCUUCAUCCAAUUUGGUUGAUUUGGGUGGAUAUGUUUUUAUUUUAGUUUUAAUUGUUGGAUAUACCAAUUCAUGUGCACGUUUUAAGGUUGGUGAAUAGAAGAACAACUACUUAAAAAAGUUGACUUAGGUCAUGACGCUCCCACCAAUUGAGGCUUGGGGGGUUGAUGUACUUGCCCUACUAGUGGAUAGGCUAGUUGGAGGGUUUGAACCUAUGGCUGAUCACAAGGCAGCAACCUUACCAUUAUGCCAAGGCUUGCUUGUAAGCUUUUCUGAAAUUCAAAUAUAAUUUAGAAAUAACAACAUCCUCAGAAGAGGACGAUGGUUCUUUUGUCCUGUGCUUAGGAGGGAGAGAAUUUUAGUUAUGCAGUUGCAUAAUUCAAUA